GGCGUUUCCCCAAUACAGUGCAUCGGAUUUUUGAUUCUGCUUGGUCUUCUUCGCCUGCUACGGCCCGGCCCGACCCUGCGAUUCAGCGGUCGACUUUAUUCGGAAACAUUGGUGCCGAAACUGUCGGGAUGGCGGAGGAGAGGAGCAGAAUAGCGGCUAAGGGCUGGCUGACCCGCGCUGGGUCCAAGAUGGAGGCGUUGUUAUGCCGAGAAGACGCGGGUUCCGACGAGUGGCGUUUGGAGGCGCAGAUCGUGGAAUCUGAAUUCCUGAAGCGGCUCGAUGCGUUUGAUGCUGCUCAGGCCGCGUUUGAAGCCAGCCUGAACGACGAGGAAGAGCUCAUGAAAGAUAUCGAGCGGAGUGCAGCGUUCCGUGACACCUUCACCAGUCUGCGCGCUCGCUUCCGUAAGGCUCUGACGGCUGAUCAGGAGCCGGCUCUCAGCUCGUCCUCACAUGGACAGGCAAUGAAGCUCCCCAAGUUAUCACUGCCGACCUUUGAUGGUGAUGUGAGGGGCUGGCCUAUGUUUUGGGAAUCAUUCUGUGCUUGUGUGGAUCAAGCUGAACUUCCUGACGUGUCUAAGUUUUCUUACCUUCGGUCACUACUGAAGGGGGAGGCCUUGAAGGCUAUCAGUGGCUUGGUGCUCACUGGCUCAAGCUACAAGGCGGCCUGUGACAUCCUCCGUCAGAGGUAUGGCCGCCCAGAGAGACUCGUCUUUCUUCACAUUGAGGCGUUGCUGAAUGUGAGCCUGAACCAAUGUGAUCUGCAACGUCUGCAGGAUGAACUGAUGUCCCACAUCAGAAGUUUGGAGGGCCUUGGUGUUGAAGGGGAGAAGUUCGGAGUAUUCCUCACCCCCUUGGUGCUCUCUAAGCUCCCUGAAGAGGUCCGACUGGAGUGGGCAAGAGGUUCGGAGGGAAGAGAGAGUGAUCUGGAGUACCUCCUCCAGUUCCUUGCCUCGGAGAUUCAGAGGAGGGAGCGCUCUGGCAACUACUGCCACCUGGAGCGGGUGGAUCACUCUGCUGCUGCUGCUGCUCCUGCUGAGGGUGGCCGCCGAUCGUCUUCUGGACAGCCUGGUGGUCGGCUGGGUGGCCGCCCUGCUCGGGCUCCCGGCCGCCUCAGGCAGUUCACUGGGAAGCCAUCACCUGCUGGUUCUACAGCUGCUGCUCUGCAGGCCUCAUCUGAGACCACCUGUGGCUUCUGUCAGGGACCUCACCUAUCAGAGGAUUGAGGCAGUGCGCGUACCAGUGAUAUGCGCACCUCUGAGACGCCCUGUUGUGCCAGCUCAGCUCCUGAGUGCCUUCUCACACCUGCCGCUAGCUGAUACGUACUCAGACGACCAGGACCAGCAGAUACGAGUAGACAUCCUGGUGGGACAGGACCAGUACUGGGAUCUGGUGAGAGCUGGCCUGUUCCGCAGUCCGGAUGGCCUGGUAGCUCAGGAGACUGUCUUUGGGUGGGUGUUGUCUGGCAGGGCUGAGGGUCCCCCUGGGAGCCCGUCUGUUGGAGGUGGGGCCUCAUGCCAGCUGCUGACCAUGACAGAUGUGCCUGUGGGUAGAAACCUGUGGUCUAUGGGUGGCUCUGGGGACACUGUAGGCCUGGGGGAUGCCACUGGUCUGGAGGACACUGCUGAGCCUGAUUUGAUACAGGAGUUUAAGGAGUCUGUGACCUAUGAUGAUGGCAGGUACGUUGUGAAACUGCCCUGGAGAUCUGAUGGUUUGGUGUCAAAGCUGAGUGACAACAGAGAGGCCGCUGAGGCUCGUCUUUCCAGUUUGUCCAGGAAGUUAGAUGGGAACCCCCUGCUGAGGGAGAGAUAUGAUUGUGCCUUGAGGGAAAUGGAGACCUCUGGUGUGAUUUGUGAGGUCCCAACUGAGGAGAUGUGCUCUGAAUUCCCAGUCUAUUACAUGCCACAUCGCCCAGUGGUGAAAGAGACUAGUAGGGGGAUGAAAGUGCGCCCUGUCUUUGAUGCAUCUGCCCGAGGCUACAAUGGUUUGUCAUUGAAUGACUGCGUGGAGCUAGGGCCGGCGUUGAUUCCCAGUCUGCCGGAGGUUCUCCUGCGGUUCAGGAGAUGGCGAUUCGGCUUCUCCGCCGACAUCGUCAAGGCUUUUUUGCAAGUCAGGCUUGCACGUGAGGACCAGGACGUGCACAGGUUCUUAUGGCUCUGUGAGGGCAGAGUUAGGGUGAUGCGCUUCCAGCGCGUGACGUUUGGUGUUGCUUGCAGUCCCUUUUUGCUUAAUGCAACUGUUCAACACCAUCUGUCCCAGUAUGGUGAUGAGCCUGUGGUGCAGGAGAUGAAAGAGAACUUCUACAUGGACGACCUGCUUUCAGGAGCGGACUCGGAGGCAGAGGUUGUAGCCAUGUUCAGGGAAGCGCGCUCCAUCAUGGGAGCUGCUGGGAUGGAGCUGUCAAAGUGUUCGUCCAACUCUGCUGUUCUCUUCGGUGAGCUCGAAGGUGGCUCAGUCAGUGACAGCGUGAAGGUGCUUGGUGUGACUUGGUGGCCCGACGACGACACUUUCUCCUUUGUAGGUCAACUCCUCCCUGAUGAUGUUGUCCCAACGAAACGUGUCCUGCUUAGUCUGAUUGCUAGACUGUUUGACCCUCUCGGGUUCCUGACUCCGUUCACAAUGCUCGCUAAAUGCCUUUUCCAGGACCUGUGGGAGCAGGGUUCUGGGUGGGACGAGCCGCUUCGGGGCGGCGAUGCUGAGUUGUUCAGGAGCUGGGUGGACGGUCUUCAGCUGCUGCAGCGGCACCGGAUCCCACGCUGCUACUCAGCUGGCGGUGGACCUGACUGGUCCUCUGAUGCACGUAAGGAGUUGCACGUUUUCGCUGACGCGUCGCCUAAGGGCUAUGGUGCAGUGGUGUACAUUCGCCUCUCACUGCCUGAUGGGUCCAGUUCUGUGUCAAUGGUGAUGUCAAAGGCCAGAGUGGCUCCUCUGAAGAGGCAGACGUUACCUCGGCUGGAGCUGAUGGCUUGCCUGAUGGCCAGUCAGCUGGUUGAGUUGGUACGAAAGGCUCUGCGUUUGCCUGACGGUGCCUUGUGUACAUGCUGGUCUGACUCGAUGAUCGCCCUCGGAUGGCUGACAGGUGAUCCUCGGAGGUGGAAGCCCUUCGUGGCCAGCCGAGUGCGCCAGAUCCAGUCUCUGACGCCUGUGGCGUGCUGGCGUCAUUGCAGCUCAUCCGACAACCCCGCAGACCUGCUGACGCGUGGCAUGUUGGCCGAUGAUUUGCUCGUGUCUCGGCUGUGGCGCUCUGGUCCUGACUGGCUUCGUGUAGCCGCCCAGCCGCUCCAGGUCAGCGACGGGACGGCGUCCUGGGUGGACGCCUCGGAAUCGGCGCAGCUUCUGAUCCGAGAAGAGAUGGUGGCUGUUUCUGGUGAGCCGGCGCGUGAGGUCGGUGACCUCCGCGGCGUCCUGUGUGACGCGAGAGUGCAAACAGUCCUUUCGGAGGAUGCUGCUGCACCAUGUGCCCCCACUGAUGUCGGAGAGGGGAAGUUGCUGUGUUCUGACGACGCAGUGGCGGCUGAUGGGGCACCAGAUCCGCGGGUGAGCCCGCCACCUGACGGAGGAGUCGGUGCGGCGGCGCCGCCCCGUGCCGAUGGUCCAAGUGACCGUGCUUCUGUCCAGACGAGGUUGUUAGACCUCGACAGAUUUGGAUCACUGAACAAGGCCACCCGAGUGAUGGGUUGGGUUCAGAGAUUUGUCCGGAACGCUCGUGGUGUGAACCGCUGCAGCGAGCAAGACCUGACGUGUGCUGAGAUGACUGAUGCGCGGAACGCUCUGUUUCGCCUUGUACAGGUUGAGAGUUUUCAUGCUGAGAUGACAGCUCUGAGGAUGGGUGGUAGAGUUCCAGCCAGCUCGCCACUUCACAGGCUCUCGCCCUUCUUGUCUGAUGGUCUGCUGCGUGUUCAAGGGCGACUCCAGUUUAGUCAGCUAUCUUAUGAGGAAAAGCAUCCUAUUAUUUUGCCCAAGGGGCACUUGUCGUACUUGCUCGUUCGUGAGCAGCACCACCUCAUGCAUCAUGCUGGUGUAGCCACCCUGCUGACUGCUGUGAGAUCUGAGUUUUGGGUGCUGGGGCUCAGAGCCAUUGCUCGCCGCGUUGUUCGUAGCUGUCUGGCGUGCCGUUGGCAGGAUGCCAGGGCCGGUUCGCAGCAGACCGCCCCUCUGCCGCGGGAUAGGGUGUCUCCUGCCCCGCCAUUUUCAGUCACUGGCGUGGACUUCGCAGGGCCACUGUUUUCUGUUGAUUUCCCACGGAAGAAGUUAUACGUUUGUCUAUUUACCUGCGCGGUCACUCGUGCCGUGCAUUUGGAGCUGACCGAAUCGCUGUCGCUGCCGCAUUUCAUGCUGGCGUUCCGCAGGUUUGCUGCUCGGAGAGGUGUGCCGUCCACUGUCUAUUCCGACAACGCGACCACCUUCAAAGGCGCCGACGUUCAGCUUCGCAAGUACUUUGGGCGGCUCUCUCCUUGUUGGAAAUUCAUCGCCCCCCUCUCCCCGUGGUGGGGGGGUUGGUGGGAACGUCUGAUACGUUCAGUCAAGGUCGCGCUUCGUAAGUCACUGGGAAAGCGCUGUCUGACGCGCAUUGAAUUGGAAACCGUGCUGAGUGAGGUCGAGGCUUGCAUUAACUCGCGACCACUCACCUUUCAGGGUGACACUCCAGAUUGUCCGGGACCUCUGACGCCAAACCAUUUUUUGACUGGGCGCAGUGUAGGGUUUCAGGCCAGGGCGGCCGAGGAUCCGUCUGCCGUGACUGCGCGGGCGUUGAGUGACAGGGCACGGGUCUGUGAGAUGCGCCUGUCCAAGUUUUGGGCUGCCUGGAGGAAUGAAUACUUGAGGACUCUACCGCCCGCAGUGAGCGGUAAGGGACAGGGUAAGCUAGAGGUGGGCUCACCUGUUCUGGUGCACGAGGAGGGGACCCCCCGGCUUAAGUGGGAUAUGGGGGUGGUUACUCGCGUGUUCUCUGGGAGGGACGGCUUGGUCCGGUCUGCUGAGGUGAGAACCCCUGGUGGUCUGAGAACGAGGUCUGUACAGCGGCUUCAUAACCUUGAAGUCCUUCCAUCCUCUCUUCCUUCACCCGGGUGUCCUGCCUGAGUGCCUCUUGCAGGUCCCUCGCGCACUGCCUCAGUGGUAGGCAUUUUAAAUAUCAAGUCGUGUUACGUUUCAGUGGUGUGUCUGUAUGAAAUGUUUGCACUUUAUUUGAUGUAGGUAGUGAACAUAUGCAUUGUUCACGGCUCUGUUUCUGUUAUUCAUUGGCUCUGCCAAGAGUCGGCGGGAGGGUGUUGAAUAUUGCUCAGUACCGUACCGUAUCGUUUAGCGCCUGUACCGUACAGUGAUUGACCGCUAGCGACAUCUAUUAGUUGGAUUGGGUUGUGCGGAUUGUGGCCGCUGCCGACUGGGGCUCUGUUAGCUGCGACUUUGGUAUGUGGCGCGCGGUGAUUGGCCUUGACCCCGAGCAGCUGUGCCACGCCCGCGCACAGACAGCUGUUUUCGUUUUUUGUGUGGCAUUGUGGUUUUUUCUGUUGGCACGGUUGGAGGCGUUUCCCCAAUACAGUGCAUCGGAUUUUUGA